AAACAAAAAGACUGAAUUUUUUAAUAAUUUCUCUCAAAUGGUUCCUUAAAAAAAAUUCUUUAACUAUCCAAAUUACUUUCACUGUUCUCUCGAUUCUGCUUAUCAAAAUUUUCUUCUUGCGAGUUUUUGUUCUGUUCAUCAAUUAUCAAAGAGAAAACCCCAACUUCGGAGGCUUUCUCUUUCCCAUUUGAAGUCUCGAAUUCAUCUAAUUAACAGAGAAGGGAGAUACAAAUUCGCCUUUUUGUGUGUGAUCAGUUCAAGUGGGAGAACAACGAUCGUAUUAGCUACUGGAAACUCAUUACCACUCAAAGAAUCAUCUUCCGGGGACGGGACUCGAAAUCAUCAUCUUCCGAUCAAUGUCACAACAGCUCGACGACGAUCGCCAAUGAGAUUAAAAUCCUCACCGUUGAUUCUGACACCUGGAGCCAGCGCUCUCUUCUCCACACGUGAGCUCAAGUGUUUCCAACCGUUGAUCCUCUCUCGACUCCGCGUCGUUACCAGAGAGGAUAAACAGAGGAAUGGGAAAGUCUGGGUCUUGCGGAGGAAGAGGAACACCGUCUGCUGCGUUUCGCCUUCACCGACGACGACGACGGUUGUUGAUGAUGAAGUGGCGGUUAGACGGGGUUUGGCAAUGAGGCGGGUUUUGGAGGAUAACGGUGGCGAUGGGAGCUCCGUUAGAGAUUUCUCCUUCUUCACCACCAAGAGAGGUGACACCCUGUUUACUCAGUCGUGGACACGUGUUGGCUCCGUUAAGAACAGGGGGGUUGUUAUUCUACUUCAUGGUCUGAACGAGCACAGUGGCAGGUAUAGUGAUUUUGCAAAGCAGUUAAAUGUUAAUGGAUUCAAGGUCUAUGGAAUAGACUGGAUCGGUCACGGUGGAAGCGAUGGGCUUCAUGCUUAUGUGCCUUCUCUUGAUUAUGCUGUCACUGAUUUGAACUCGUUUCUUGAGAAGGUAAUCGCAGAAAACCCGGGACUGCCCUGUUUUUGCGUUGGUCACUCAACAGGAGGAGCCAUCAUCUUAAAGGCUAUGCUAGAUCCAAAGAUCGAAGCUCAAGUUUCAGGCAUUGUGUUAACUUCACCAGCAGUUGGAGUCCAACCAUCUCACCCCGUCUUUUGGGUAAUUGCACCAUUCCUCGCGUUCCUCAUCCCAAGGUACCAGUUGAGCGCUGCUAAAAAGAAAAUAAUGCCUGUUUCUCGCGACCCGGAAGCUCUCCUGGCUAAAUACUCCGACCCGUUAGUCUACACAGGGUUUAUCAGAGCCAGAACCGGUUACGAGAUCCUCAGACUUGGCUCUCAUCUGCUGGGGAACCUUAACAGAAUCAAGGUCCCUUUUCUUGUGCUCCACGGGACGGCUGAUACGGUUACUGAUCCUAAAGCUACUCAGAGACUGUACGAUGAAGCUUCCUCGUCCGACAAGUCGAUCAAGCUGUUUGAUGGGUUGUUGCAUGAUCUGCUCUUUGAACCGGAACGAGGAAUUAUCGCUGGAGUCAUAUUGGAUUGGCUAAACCGGCGGGUUUAAAUUUAUCAAACCAAAUUUAGUUGUUGUAUUAAUUAUGUGUUUAUAUACGAUUUGUCAACCCUAGCCCCCUAGGCAUUGCCUUUCUCUCUUGCGCCGCUGUGAUUGUUGGUUUGAGUUAUCUUUUAGUUUUUUGUUCUCUGUGUGA